GCAAAGGUAAACAGAAGAAACAGCUGUUUGGCAAAGUCUAUAACCGGCCUAGUCUGAGUGUGAAUGAGAGAGGGGCAAUCUAGAAAAAGGACAACCAUGAUACAGGAUCACCUGGGACACUUUUCUGAAAACUACUGGGAGCUAUAGAAAGCACCCAUGGGAGCGAGCCAAGCGGCCGACAACAACCUGCUGUCGCUCCUCCUCCUCCUUCAUCCAUCCUUCUCACUACGUCUCUCUAUCUGAUCCUAUCCAGCACUCCAAGCUUCAGCGCCGGAGAGGGGACAGCCUGUGCACAGAGGAAAAGAGACCAAUAAUCAAAAUCCAAAGGCAGAAUGCUACCUCUUUCAUUGUCCUGGAGUUUUGGAGCAGUUCUGGUGCUGUAUUGGAGUUCUUUUUGGCCUCAAGUCCGAUCAUCGCUUUCACCUGAGAAUGAGGUGCCCCUUCGACCCACAACAUGGCUGCCAGAGGGGAAGACCACCCAUGUAAAACUGCCCAAAGGGAGGACAGUCAGGCUGUACUUCACCCUAAAGAAGAAGACACCAGGAAUGUCAGUGACUGUCAGCCCCUGUAAUUUGCCAAUUGAGUGGAGUUUAGCAGCACGGACAUUGAAGGAUAACCCAUUCAAGAGUCUGCAGUGGAGCACAAAGAAGAGCACACCAGAGGUUUGGUGGCGGGGUCCAAGCACUGAAGAGAAAAUCCACAGCUUCUCUGGAAACUCUGUAAACACUUACACAGGCCCUUCUUCCCCUCAUGCCUCCAUCUACAUUCUGAGACUGCGCUCCAAACAGCACAGCUCCAAAACCACUGUGUACCUCCAUGACGGUACAGGAUCCUCCGGAGCAUUCCCACUUCUCCCAAAGGAUAGCCGCGUUCACACCUUAGGAGUUGGGAUGACCAGCGUCACCUUGAAUUGGUCGCCAAGUCCUUCCCUGAUCUCCCAGAAAGGUUAUGAGUAUUGUGUUUUGGUUAACUCCAAAAACAAUUACCCCAGCAUGUGUGCAGCACAAGAGAGCAUCCGGAGAAAAAUAGAGGAUAUUCAAAACAGGAAUGAGAAGAAAAGAAGGAUGACACCAUGGCCAAUAUUAAAGGAAUGGUGGUGGGAGCAGUGGGACAGCUAUCCAGACCCCCAAAACACUGAUGAACUAGAAGAGUUGCAGUGUGUAUGUAAAGGUGCAGAAAAUGUGUGCACUGUCUCUGAGCUCUUACCUGACACUCAGUAUUACUUUGACGUUUUUGUGAUGGACAAGUUGAAUGAGACUAGCAUGGCAUACACAGGGACAUACGCACGGACCCACGAAGAGGCGCGUCCGGAUAUAACCACUCUAAGAGAAGGGGAACUCCGGUGGGUCAACUUUCCAGACAGGAGCUUCAACUCGGAGCAGUUCUUCAGCUUCCGUCCACGUGGCUGGCAGCAGAGUGGUCUCCUCACACUGCAGAGCUGUGGAGGAGAUGAAAAAGUCAAGGUCACUGUAUCCAAUAAAGGUCAAGUUUUGGAGACUCAGAAAGUGGGGGGAGACUUGCUGCAGAUUUGGCUCCAGGGAAGUCCUUCUUAUUUGAUACACUUGGAGAGAGAGGGAACACCUACAAAGAAGACUCCUGUUGCUCUACCAGCAGGACUGACUGCCUCAGUGAAAAUGCAGACCUCUUCCGCCUAUCACAAAAGAGGAGUUCCAUCUCUGCCAUCAACUUUACAGAUCAAGUCUUUCAACAAGCUGCGCACAUGUAACAGUGUGACUAUAGCCUGGAUAGGGACAGAGGAGCGGAGCCUCUACUGCGUGUAUCGCAGAAAGUUAAACAGUCGGGAGGCAGAGUCUGGGAAGGUGUUAGUUCUGAAUGCCCCCUGCCUAGGUCCUGAGUCCCGCUCUGACACAGAGAGGGUCCUCUGUAAGUAUUUUCAGGAGCUCAAUCCCCGUCGUGCUGUCACCACAGCUGUGAUCAGCGGCCUGGAGCCUGGAAUGGCCUAUGUGUUUGAUGUCUAUCUAAUGAGACGCUGGGGGAUCCCGAUCAAAUACACUAGCAAGAUGGUAAAGACAAGAAGAGACUGCUGAGCUGCCGCAACUUGUAGGAAAAGGAUCAGACUGUCCUAGUUUAAGGGAAUGCUGACCACUAACAUGCUGUAAAGACAUGGUUAUGCAAAAGGCCAUUUGAAGGUUUACUGUUAUGGAAAGAAUUCCAAUAGAAGUUACUGUUCCCUCUUCAGAAACAAUGGUUACAUGGGAACACUAAGACGGAACCCAUCCAAAAGGAUAGGAUGUGGAUAAAGGCACUGGAGAGGGAUCUGCACACCAGCAAAAUGUUCAUAACAAGUUACAAUACAUCUGCCGUGCUUCUGUCAUUUUGUUUUUCAUUGUGUAGACCAUUUGAAUUCUGUGCCAGUCGUCCAAGUGCUUAUUUUGUGUCUAAGUACAAUGGACAUAGUGGUUUCUGAUGAAAUAAACACAAAAAUAACAGACUGUGCCAAACAGAGACAUGAGGGACAAUAGUCGGUGAAAUGCUGAGAUGACUGUGCAGUAGCCUCUAACUCAGUGCAACUUGUACAGGCCUUUUGGAGACAGAUGGGUAUCAAGAUACUUAGUUCAAAGUCAAUGUGUACUUUGUGUUCUGCUUUUGCAUGAAGCAGUGAGUAUAGGCUAGUGGCUUGCCUUAUUGUCUUUGAUGUAUCUUGUGCUGCUUUAAA